AUGUUGGCUGACUCUUCACAGAACGGCAGUCGUCUUGGUGAAGACAUCUCGCCUGGGUCCCACUCGCCACAGACGCCUGGCACGCCGAGCUCGGCCCGGGGCGGUGGUCUCCACGUCCCCUCGGCCCUGUCGUUCACUGCGGCAGAUUCGCCAGACCGUUCCAACGCUCCUCCUCCGCGCCGUGCCAACACCAUGGCGGGCUCUACGCCGUCGCCUCCGACGACCCGCCAGGCCAAGCACGCCGGCCCCCUCCACGACCUGCGCAGGUUCCUCAACCACCACAUUGGUGGCCACCAUGACCACCACAAGGAGCGCAGCACCAGUGGCAGCGGUCACCCGCAGUCGGCGUUCCGCGAGGCCCACCUCCAGCCAGACACACCAGGUUCGGCGACCCCGAUAACCCCCUCGGGCGUCGCCACUCCUGGCUCGCAGCUCCGUGGAUCAGGCUUUUUCCAGACGGGCGGCAGCAACUCUGGUUCGGGAUCGACGACUCCAGGCGGCACCACCAGCGCUGCCCCGUCCGAGUCUGGCAACGGCAGCGUCAAGGACACCAAGGACAAGGACCACCUUGGCCACCACUCGUCGCACCUGGUUGGCUUUAUGCGCCACCACCACCGUGACAAGGAGGGUGAAAAGUCGCACUCGUCGCUUGCAUCGUUCUUUGGCCACCACUCGGACAAGAAGAAGAAGAGCAGCAAGGACGAGCACCACUUUGCGGCCGAAAAGUCGUCGCAGCCGUCGUCGCGUCCUGGCUCGACAGCGCCAUCGCGCACCUCGACGCUCAUGAUGUCCGAGGCCGCCCCGCCUUCAUCGCACCCGUCGUCGUCGCACCUUGUCCACGACAUUUCGCCCGCGCACACGUCGCACACUCUGCACACACCGUCGCACUCUGGCCACGCCACGCCCAAGAACCUCGGCGACUACCCCGGUGUCCCUGGGCCCGUCAUUGCCCUCACCCACCCUGCGACCAUUGAGGCCACGCACGCUCACCUGGCCAAAAAGUACGGCAAGUGGGGUCGCGUGCUGGGUUCGGGUGCCGGUGGUACUGUCCGUCUCAUCAAGCCGAGCCAGAAGACUGGUGGCACCACCUACGCCGCCAAGGAGUUCCGUCCCCGCAGGCAGGGCGAGUCGGAGAAGGAGUACCUCCGCAAGGUGACUGCCGAGUUUUGCGUCGGUGUCACCCUCCACCACACCAACGUCAUUGAGACUGUCGACAUUGUCAACGACCACGGCCACUAUUACGAGAUUAUGGAGUAUGCCCCUUACGACCUGUUCUCGGUCGUCAUGUCGGGCAAGAUGAACCGACCCGAAAUCUACUGUGUGUUCCGCCAGAUCAUCGACGGUGUCAACUACCUCCACAGCAUGGGUCUCGCCCACCGCGACCUCAAGCUGGACAACUGCGUCAUGACCGCGGACAACAUUGUCAAGCUCAUCGACUUUGGCACUGCCACCGUCUUCCACUACCCGGGCAAGCACCAGAUCCAGGCCUCGGGCGUGGUUGGCUCGGACCCGUACCUCGCUCCCGAAGUGCUCACGCGCGACCAGUACGACCCGCGCUUGACGGACGUGUGGUCUGUUGCCAUCAUCUUCAUGUGCAUGAUCCUCCGCCGCUUCCCCUGGAAGAUCCCCGACUACAAGACCGACAUGUCGUUCAAGCUCUACGUCAACACCCACCCCGAGUUGUGCAAGAAGCAGCCCACCAAGACCCCGGCUCCUUCGCUCGCCAACGGUCAGGAGGGUCCCGGCAACAAGACUGGCGGCAAGAACACGCUCCACGCCGACGGUUCGUCGCCCUUGCCCUUCCGCACUCCCUCGGCGUCGACACAGGCGACUGCUGUCCCGAACAAGGAGUCGUCCGAGGACAAUGACGAGGCCAUUUCGUCGUCACCUUCAUCCUCAGAGGACACCCCCCGCGUCGACCGUCUCCACCUCAACGACUCGCCCAAGCAGGACCCUUCAGACGAGCUCUUCCCCCGCCGCCACGACACGACUGCGUCUCUCCCGGCCGCAACCAUCCCUAUUCCCGCCUCGGGUCCGUUUGGCCGUACCAUCCGCCACCAGCCCAGCACGCUCACAACGUCGCCCAUGGCAACGUCGCCCAUUGACACGACCGACGGUGGUGUCGCGGCCACCAAGCCCGUCCCCGUCAGCCGCGCCCGCUCCGGUACUCUUCCUUCCAACCCUUCACAGAUGAUCGGUUCGUCGCCCGAGCGCCAGGUGUCGAGGCAAGAGAAGCAGAUGCGCCGCGAGCGCGCGGCCUCUAUCUCGUCGACGCGCACAUACACGUCUGGUGGCGCCGAGUCCAUCUUCCGCCUGCUCCCGCGCGAGUCGCGUUCGGCGAUUAUGCGCAUGCUGGCUGUCGAGCCCAGUAUCCGCUGCACGCUGUCUGACCUGCUGUUCGGGCACGGGCGCGACGACCAGAUGUGUCCCUGCGGCUCGCCCGAGUGUGGCGGUGCCGUGAGCGCGCCCCCAUCGUCCAUGACGGGCGUGGACGAAAAGGACGACGACGGGGACCACUGGAUCCAGAGCAUAGAGUGCUGCUCGCACAACCCGGGCGCACCCGUCAACCACAAGCACAUCAAGGUCGUGCAGGAGGAGAAGCCCAAGAAGAAGCUCUUUAGCUAA